AUGCUCGUCCAUCUAAGCAAGCGAAUCCAAGACCUUGAGCACGACCACAUUCAACUAGAGAAAUGGGUAGUCAAGCGGCUCUCUCCUGAAGAAUUUACGGAAAAGUACUUGCCCAGAGCGUACGAGGAGGCCAUUCGUUUCUUGAUGAGCGAGCGAUACUACGCGGAGGCGGUUUUCUUGUACAGACGGAUGCUCGACGAGGGCCUUCUUCCUUCUUCGGCCACCAACUCUACUGUCAUGGCGCUUUCCGUGGCAGCGGCCGGCGCUUCUGGAUCGGAUUUGCUCAAGGCACUAGAAGUCACGCUGACCGACCCUCAAUACACGGAAUCAAGCUUACUGCAGCUUUUAGACUUCCUCGCUAAAUUAUCGUUGCCGAGCACCCUUCGUGUGCAGGUUGCACGUCGAUUCGUUGACUCUCGCCGCGCGGGUUACACACCCUCUAUGGCACUUGUCACGAGAUUGGUGAUGCUACAAGCGAAAGACGGGCUGCUUCGCGAGUCAUUAGAUUGGAUUGCUCGCGGCAACGAUGACGAACGUCCGGUAGCCACAACCCGGGAAAGCGGCCGCCUCUACAAGCAACUUCUCUCACAUCUGAAGACGACGAAUCCCGAUGAUAGUGGAGCUGUAGAUAUGAUUCUUUCCCACAUGAAGUCCAACAAGGUGCCCGUUAGCACCAGCGUUUUCAACAUGCUUAUUGCCAUGCAAGCACGGCGCGGCGCUGCAUCCCAAGCCUUCUCCCUCUACAAUGUUCUCGUAGAGAUUUCGAAAUCCCAGCCCUUAUACCCUGAUUCCUUCACCUUCGGAACACUGUUUUCACUUACCCAAUCCCUCCGUUCGCCAGGAAACCGCAAUGCACGUCGCCGUAGAUUCAAAGAGGCCGCAAAUGUGCUCCCACCACGCACUUUAUACCAACACUUACUGCACUAUGGGAAGAGAGACAUCAGAACCCAUGUCGUGACACUAUCGAUUCUCAAUGUGGCGCUCCGAACUUUCCUGACUAUGCGCGACUACGCGGCUGCUUUCGUCGUUGUCCGGACCUUCCCAACUCUCCAAUUGCACCCCAAUCGUGAUACAUAUUAUAUCGUCAUGAAGCUUCUAAUGGACCGCAUUCGUUACGACCUUUGGCAAGCCAGGAAUCUCAAUGAGGCCCGCUGGGGCGACCACAUGCUAGGAAUAAACCCAGCAGAUGCACCAGCCAUCACGGUGGACGACAGCCUGGCCGAAACAGUACUGGCAUUCGGAAAGCAACCAAUUGGACGCCCAAUCCGUAUGCCGACUCUCGCUCAAAUCGACAACGAGGAAGAAAUACCAGCAGCAGACGCUUUUGACGCGUUACCCCUUGAAAGGAUACUCAAGAGGGCGAUCCUUGCAGACGUGAUGCUACAUGGUCAUACUGUGGCGCUAUCAAGCUCGGUCUCUAGUGCUAUCGCUCGGGCGAAGGAGGAGAUGGUCACGCCUCCCGAUAUCGUUCUCAGGAAGACAGACUUUAGGCGGAAGAGAAGAUGA